CUCUCUCUCUGCCUUCCCGAUUCUUCACCGCCGAUCACCGUCAAACUUCCAUCUCCAUCAUCAUCUUUCACGGUAAGGGCAAAACAGGCAGGAAAAAAAAACCCAAUGCUCACGUCGGCCACGCAGCAUUCGGAAGUGUCCGAUUCCGAAUAAUUCAUUGCAUCCUUAAUCCCAUUUUCUUCUUCAAUUCCAGAAGCCAAGUACCCAGAAAACCAGAAGGAUGACACUCCACUCGUUAGUGAUUCAGAAGCUUCUGAGCACCAAUGCUCACAUCGGCCGCCGGUUGGCGGCGCAGCAUUUCAAGAUGUACGCCUAUGGCAUGCGCAACGGCCUCACCAUUGUUGAUUCCGACAAGACCCUCAUCUGCCUUCGCAACGCCUGCAACUUCAUCUCCCACCUCGCCCGGAACAAUGCCUCCAUCAUGUUCGUAAACACCAACCCCUUACACCAGGAAAUUGUCGACCUCAUGUCCUCCAAGAUCUCUAGUUUGAGCCCAGAAAGGUCUAACAGCCUUUGGCGGAUGGGGGGGUUCUUGACCAACAGUUUUAGUCCUAAGAAGUUCAGGUCUAGGAACAAGAAGGUUCGGUUUGGCCCUACCCAGUUGCCGGAUUGUGUGGUGGUGUUUGAUACAGAGAGGAAGUCCUCAGUUGUGCCAGAGGCUUAUAGGUUGCAGAUUCCCAUUGUGGCGUUGGUGGAUUCAAAUAUGCCUUUGGAUUUUUACGAGAAGAUUACCUAUCCUGUACCGGCAAAUGAUUCCGUGCAGUUUGUCUAUUUGUUUUGCAAUAUGAUCACCAAGUGUUUCAUGCUGGAGGAGAAGAAGAAGAAAGAAGAUGGAGUUGGGCUACUUGGGAGGAAGACAAGAAGUAGGGAAGAAGCUCAGCCAAUUGAGCAGAGUGCUAGUGAGAGUGGUGAAAAAGAUGAAGUGCUGCUCAUUCCCCUUGAUAAGUUAGAACUUCUUUCUCAAGAUAUUGCCAAAACCAAGGAGAUUUUGGACAAGCUUGUUGUUGUGAAGUUUAACGGUGCUUUGGGAACAACUAUGGGUUUCAGUGGUCCCAAAUCUUUGAUUGAAAUUCGGGAGGGAUUGACAUUACUAGAUGUAAUUAUUGAGCAAAUUCAGUCUCUAAAUGCGAAGUAUGGUUGCAAAGUCCCUCUGCUUCUUAUGAACACUAAUAAAACGCAUGAUGAUACCCUAAAGGUUUUGGAGAAAUAUUCGAAAUCAAACAUUGAUAUUCAAUCAUUUAUCCAGGGUCAACAAGCUGAACCUGAAUCACUUGGACUGCACAGUGUAGACGAUUUGUACCCAUCCGACCCUGGUACAGCAUUCCUUUCCCUUGUGAAAAGUGAAACCCUCGAUUUGUUACUAUCACAGGGUAAGGAGUAUGUGCUUGUGGUUAACUCAGAUAAUGCGUGUGCUGUUAUAGACCCAAAAAUCUUGAAUCAUGUGACCCAAAAGAAAAUUGAGUAUUGCAUGGAGGUGACACCAACCACCACAAGCUUUUCAAGAACUAGUGUGCUUAGUUCACAAGAAGGAAAAUUUAAGCUUGUUCACAUUGCUCAGAAUCCUUCUAGACAUUCCACAAAAAAGUUCAAAUUCAUGGAUGCAGGAAGUUUGUGGGUUAAUUUGAAAGCCAUCAAAAGACUUGUAGACACUGAUGCAAUGAAGAUGGAAAAACUUUCUACUUCAAAGGCAGUAGAUCCUGAUGAUAAAGAAUCGGCAGUUGGUUCAGCCAUUCAGUUAUUUGAUCAAGCAAUUGGUGUUAAUGUUCCCCAAUCUCGAUAUCUUCCCGUAAAUUCCACAUUAGACUUGCUACUUUUGCAGUCGGAUAUCUACACUUAUGAUGAAGGCAUUUUAGCUCGAAAUAGAGCUAUAAAUCCUUCUAUCAGCUUAGGACCUGAAUUUGAAAAGGUUAGUGAUUUCCAAAGUCGCUUCAAAUCAACUCCUAGCAUUGUUGGACUGGAUAGCUUGAAGGUGACUGGUGAUGUUUGGUUUGGCGCUGACAUUACUCUCAAGGGGAAAGUAAAAAUUGCUGCAGAACCCGGGGAGAAAUUGGAAAUUCCUGAUAAUGUGGUUAUUAAAAACAAGGAUAUUACGAAUCCUUCAGACAUUUUAUACAAUUCAGAUAAUGACAGGGAAUAAUUGGGAUUCACUUUCUCUGCCUAUGGGUUUCAUAUUUGGUAAACAUAAGUAAUGAUCUUUAAUGUUGUAACAAUAGGUGAUUUUACAAUAUUUUCUUCAUAUAAUUUGAUUCAAUUUUGUAUUUCUCCAUCGUCCUUUUCAUGGAAGAAAAUAAGAGCAUGGCCCUGAAUGAGGCAAUUCAUUUUUGAUGUACCAGUAUACUGGAGAAAGUAGCUUGAUGUUGGACAGUUGCUUUAUGAUCUUGGUUAGAAAGUGAGAGAAGGUUUCUUUAACACUAUGUUGGGUAAGAGUUUGCUUUCCGAUCUCUUAGAAAGAGAAUCAAGGUUUUUUUAAAAC